AUGUAUUUUCUCGUUCGGAAAAAUGUCUCGUUUGUUAUUUUCUACUUUAUUAACCAUUCUCCUUCAUUCUAUCUUCUAAUCAUUUACUUACGCUUCAUAUUUUCCUGUUUUUAUGUAGUUUCUGCCAUUUCAAUCAAUGGGUCCGCCAUUUUUUUUCUUCACAUAUUCCCGCCAUUUUUCAAGAUGUUUGUCUCUAUGGUUUUGACGUUUCUCUGUUCGCUACAUUCACCAUUCUUUCUUUACUUUUUUUUAUUCUGCUUUCUCUUAUUAUUGCUUACCUGUUUUCUUUUUCUCUCGUUCUUUUUUUCUCCUUUUAUUUCAUCAUUAUUCUUUAUUUUUGUUUUACACCUUUAUUUGAAAGAAGAUCCUCAAUUUCUUUUAACAUUUGUAUCUCUUUCUUUUCCAUCGUUUAUCGUCUUUUCCCGUUCUAUCUUACUUUUCCAUUUUUGUGUUCUCUUCUUACGCUACUUUUAUCCUUUCUGUUAUACACAUUUUUUACAAAUUCAUUCACCAUUCCUACUUUCAUUUUCGUUUCUUUUUUUACUCUCUUUUUCUUGUUUUCUCUUUCAUUCAUUAUUUUUUUUACUCUCUUUUUCUUGUUUUCUCUUUCAUUCAUUAUUUUUUUACUCUCUUUUUCUUGUUUUCUCUUUCAUUCAUUAUUUUUUUACUCUCUUUUUCUUGUUUUCUUUUCAUUCGUUUUUUUUUUACUCUUUUUUUUCUUGUUUUCUCUUUCAUUUUAUUUUUUUUUUUUUUUUCUUGUUUUUUUCUAUCAUUCAUUAUUUUUUUUUACUCUUUUUUUUUUGUUUUCUCUUUCAAUCAUUGUUUUUUUUUCUCUUUUUUUCUUUUUUCUCUUUCAUUUUAUUUUUCAUUCUUUUUUCUUGUUUUUCUUUUCAUUCAUUAUUUUUUUACUCUCUUUUUUCUUGUUUUCUCUUUCAUUCAUUAUUUUUUUUACUCUCUUUUUCUUGUUUUCUCUUUCAUUCAUUAUUUUUUUUACUCUCUUUUUCUUGUUUUCUCUUUCAUUCAUUAUUUUUUUACUCUCUUUUUUCUUGUUUUCUCUUUCAUUCAUUAUUUUUUUUACUCUCUUUUUUCUUGUUUUCUCUUUCAUUUAUUAUUUUUUUUACUCUCUUUUUUCUUGUUUUCUCUUUCAUUUAUUAUUUUUUUUACUCUCUUUUUUCUUGUUUUUCUCUAUCAUUCAUUAUUUUUUACUCUCUUUUUUCUUGUUUUCUCUUUCAUUCAUUGUUUUUUAUUCUCUUUUUUCUUGUUUUCUCUUUCAUUCAUUAUUUUUUCACUCUCUUUUUUCUUGUUUUUUUCAUUAUUUUUUUAUUCUCUUUUUUCUUGUUUUCUCUUUCAUUCAUUAUUUUUUUUACUCUCUUUUUUCUUGUUUUUCUCUAUCAUUCAUUAUUUUUUACUCUCUUUUUUCUUGUUUUCUCUUUCAAUCAUUGUUUUUUAUUCUCUUUUUUCUUGUUUUCUUUUCAUUCAUUAUUUUUUCAUUAUUUUUUUCUUGUUUUCUCUUUUUUAAUUAUUUUUUUUCUUGUUUUUCUCUUUCAUUCAUUAUUUUUUACUCUCUUUUUUUUUUUUUUUCUUUUCAUUCAUUAUUUUUUCCUCUCUUUUUCUUGUUUUCUCUUUCAUUCAUUAUUUUUUAUUCUCUUUUUUCUUGUUUUCUCUUUCAUUCAUUGUUUUUUUACUCUAUUUUUUUUAUUUUUCAAUCUUUUUUUUUGUUUUCUCUUUCAUUCAUUAUUUUUUUAUUCUCUUUUUUUCUUGUUUUCUCUUUCAUUCAUUGUUUUUUUUCUCUUUUUUUUCUUGUUUUCUCAUUUUCAUUUUUUUUAUCUUUUUCUUUUUCUCUUUCAUUCAUUAUUUUUUUACUCUUUUUUUUCUUUUUUCUUUUCAUUCAUUAUUUUUUUACUCUCUUUUUUUUUUUCUCUUUCAUUCAUUAUUUUUUUUACUCUCUUUUUCUUGUUUUUUUUCAUUCAUUAUUUUUUUAAUCUCUUUUUUUGUUUUUCUCUAUCAUUCAUUAUUUUUUAUUCUCUUUUUCUUGUUUUCUUUUUUUCAUUCAUUGUUUUUUAUUCUCUUUUUUUGUUUUUCUCAUUCAUUCAUUAUUUUUUUCACUCUCAUUUUCUUGUUUUUCUCUUUCAUUCAUUAUUUUUUACUCUUUUUUUCUUGUUUUCUCAUUCAUUCAUUAUUUUUUACUCUCUUUUUUCUUGUUUUCUCUUUCAUUCAUUAUUUUUUCACUCUCUUUUUUCUUGUUUUCUCUUUCAUUCAUUAUUUUUUAUUCUCUUUUUUCUUGUUUUCUCUUUCAUUCAUUGUUUUUUACUCUCUUUUUUCUUGUUUUCUCUUUCAUUCAUUAUUUUUUACUCUUUUUUCUUGUUUUCUCUUUCAUUCAUUAUUUUUUACUCUCUUUUUUCUUGUUUUCUCUUUCAUUCAUUAUUUUUUCACUCUCUUUUUUCUUGUUUUCUCUUUCAUUCAUUAUUUUUUAUUCUCUUUUUUCUUGUUUUCUCUUUCGACAUUGUUUUUUUUUACUCUCUUUUUUCUUGUUUUCCUUUCAUUCAUUAUUUUUUCUCUCUUUUUUCUUGUUUUCUCUUUCAUUCAUUAUUUUUUAUUCUCUUUUUUCUUGUUUUCUCUUUCAUUCAUUGUUUUUUAUUCUCUUUUUUCUUGUUUUCUCAUUCAUUCAUUAUUUUUUACUCUCUUUUUUCUUGCUUUCUCUUUCAUUCAUUAUUUUUUUACUCUCUUUUUUCUUGUUUUCUAUUUCAUUCAUUAUUUUUUUUACUCUCUUUUUUCUUGUUUUCUCUUUCAUUCAUUAUUUUUUUUACUCUCUUUUUUCUUGUUUUCUCUUUCAUUCAUUAUUUUUUUACUCUCUUUUUCUUGUUUUUCUCUUUCAUUCAUUAUUUUUUUCCUUCAUUUUCUUUUGUUUUCUCUUUCAUUCAUUAUUUUUUUAAUGUUUUUUUCUUGUUUUCUAUCAUUCAUUCAAUUCUUGUUUUCUCUUUCAUUCAUUGUUUUUUUAUUCUCUUUUUUUCUUGA